AUGCUCUCACGUGUUGCUGCAGUGAAGGCACCCCGCACACACAACCGUCGCCGCAUGACCGGAUCCAGCGGGAGGAGGAGGGAAGGAAGAGAGAGUGAGCCGCAGAGGCCCAACAUGUCCCGGCAUCCCUUCUACUCUGCACUGAUGCUCCUCGUCGUGAUGAUGUGCUGUAACACUGUUGAGGCUCAGCAAACCAGUGAGGAGAAUUCGCCAGCACCGAUACCUCCACCAAAAACAUAUUUUGAUUGGGGAGAUGUGAAGGAUGAUAAGGAAACAGUGAUUUCUCUCCGUGUUCCCAGUCUUGUUGGGAUGAAUGGUGAUGUGUUUGCCGUUGCUGAGGCGCAGUGCAAAGGAAAGAAUGGUAAUGAAGAAGAUUUCACUGGGAUUGCCUCGGAGCUCCUGAAGUUGUCUGAUGAACAAAAAAAAGUGGAGUUGGACAAAACUAAACUGAGGACACAAGUACUGUUGGAAUGUACUGCCGAUAAAGAGAAAUGUGCCUCCCAAAACGCUGCUCUGGAAGGUGCUUCCGCAGGCCCAAAGAAAAAAGUACAUGUGAGCCAGCCGACAACAGUUGUGAAGGAAAAUGAAAUUUACAUGCUUGUUGGGAAAUGCAGCCAGACAGCCGUUGGUCCUCUGAAGAAUGAUGCCGAGGACUGCCGACUUUUGCUGGCGAAGGGGAAUGUCAGUGGUGAGAGCAGUAACAAAAGAAUUUAUUGGAAUGGGAUUGACGAUCUUCAGAGCACUUAUAACAUCCAGCAAGAGGCCUUGACAGCACUGCUUGGAGGCGGUGGAUCGGGUGUUCACACGGAGGACGGUACGCUUGUGUUCCCAGUGGAAGGCACAAAGAAGGGUGAAUCAAAUGACGGAAAGACCGUCUCACUGCUCAUAUACAACUCGAAGGAUACUACUGAGAUUUGGAAGUUAUCGAAGGAGAUUCCUGACGGUGGCUGCAGUGAUCCCUCCGUCGUGGAGUGGAGGAAGAAGGACAAAAAACUCAUGAUGAUGACUGCGUGUGGUGAUGGCCGCCGCAGGGUGUACGAGUCCGCUGACAAGGGGGAGUCGUGGACGGAGGCGCUCGGGACACUCUCGCGCGUGUGGGGCAACAAACAGGGCGAAGGAGUGAAGGCCGUUAGAAGCGGGUUCAUCACAGCAAAGAUUGGCGGUGAUGAAAAUAACAGAAAUGUGAUGCUUGUUACUCUGCCGGUUUAUCCCGAGAAGGACGGUAAAAAAGAAAAAGGUGAACUCCAUCUUUGGCUGACGGACAACACGCACAUUGUUGAUAUUGGGCCGGUAUCCGAUGAUGACGCUGCUGCCAGCUCCCUGUUGUACAGAAGUGCUGGAAGUGGAACUGAUAAGGAGGAGUUGAUUGCACUGUACGAGAAGAAGAACGGUGAGGAAUCAUCACCCGGUAUGGUCUCUGUGCUUCUGACCGAGCAGCUGAAGCGUGUGAAGGAUGUGCUGGCGACGUGGAAGAAAGUGGACGAAACUGUCUCCAAGCUGUGCCCCUCAAGUGCUGUGGAGAAUCCCUCACCUGGCAAUGCCUGCAGCACUACUGUUAAGAUCACGGAUGGGCUGGUUGGCUUCCUGUCCGGCAACUUCUCUGAUGACACAUGGAGGGACGAGUACCUCGGAGUGAACGCCACAGUGAAGAACAAUGAAGGGGGUAAUAAGGCAGCAUUGCAUGAAGGCAGUGUGAAGUUUACGGGAGCGUGGGCGGAGUGGCCCGUUGGCAGUCAGGGGCAGAAUCAGCUGUACCACUUUGCGAACUACAACUUCACUCUUGUGGCGACGGUGUCCAUCCACGGUGUGCCGCAGGAGGGUCCUAUUCCUUUGAUGGGUGUGCAGAUGAAUGACAGCGGGAAGACUGUACUUCUGGGACUGUCGUACAACAAAGAAAGGAAGUGGCAGGUGCUGUGCGGUGACGGAACCUCUACUGAGCUCAGCAGCGGCUGGGAGAAAGAGACACAGUACCAAGUGGUGCUUAUGCUACGGAACGGCACCCAGGGCUCCGUUUAUGUUGAUGGUCAUCGUGUGGGUGGGGAUGUGUCGUGUGCAUUGGGAAAUAAGGAUUCAAAAGAGAUCUCCCACUUCUACAUUGGAGGGGAUGGAGAAAACGCAGACAACAAAGAAGGCGUGUCUGUGACUGUGACUAACGUCCUGCUGUACAACCGCCCGUUGGAUGACACUGAGAUCGCCGCCCUCAACCCGAAUAAAGCUUCUACUCCACCUGCGGUGAAUGAGCCUUCUCAGGGAACCGUGAUUAAGACUUCUCCUGGUGGUCAAGGAAAGGAGGGACAGAGACAGUUGUUGGGGAGCAGUGAUGUGAACGGUGUAUCCGCUUCAACAGUGUCCAGUGCCACGACUUCCUCAGGAGACGAGGGGCCUGCAACCCCGUUGGCGUCAGAAGAAUCUUUCGAUGGAACUCAAAAUGUGGGUGGCGAUUCUUUUUCUGAUGGCGACGCAACGGUGGAGACGGUGGGAGGAACUAAUGGGCAGGGGGAGGACAUCCAUGCACGGGACAAGGAAGCAAAGGCUGCGGCACUCAACAGCAGCCUCGGAAAUGUGUCGCAGGGGAAUAACAGCGAUGCCGGCACUGUAAGUGGGAGCGGACUGCUGCCACUUCUUCUUCUGCUUCUGUUGGGACUGUGGGGGUUCGCGGCUCUGUGA